ACGACAACUACCAUGAUGCCUUAAUCAACAUAGAACGUGGUGGGCGUUUAAGACAGGUCCCCGGAUGCAGUUGUGAUUGACUGUACACUGCUAAAAAGUUUCGCUCUAGUCGAGAGGUGCGUCUGCAGCCCGUGUGGUAGGUCGGUGUUAGGAAGGCAACAGGACAGGAGACAGAAUGCAGAACGUAAAGUGUGUAGUGGUGGGGGACGGUGCCGUGGGUAAAACAUGCCUCCUCAUCUCCUACACCACCAACGCUUUCCCUGAGGAGUACAUCCCCACCGUGUUCGACAACUACAGCGCCCAGAUGACGGUUGAUGGCCGCAUCAUCAGCCUCAACCUGUGGGACACAGCCGGACAAGAGGAGUACGACCGCCUCCGCACUCUGUCCUACCCCCAAUCCAACGUCUUCGUCAUCUGUUUCUCCAUCGGGAGUCCUUCCUCCCACGCCAACGUCCGCCACAAGUGGCACCCGGAGGUGUCUCACCACUGCCCCAGCGUGCCCAUCCUCCUAGUGGGGACCAAGAGGGACCUGAGGAGUGAUGGGGAGACGGUGAAGAAGCUGAAGGAGCAGGGUUUAGCUCCCACCACACAGCAGCAGGGGAACAGCAUGGCUAAGCAGAUAGGAGCGGUGAAGUACAUGGAGUGUUCUGCUCUGACGCAGGAAGGGGUCAGGGAAGUGUUCAGCGAGGCAGUACGGGCCGUGUUGUAUCCCGUUACCAAAAAGAAUGCCAAGAAGUGUGUACUGUUGUAAUGGAGGGACACAGAUGGGGAGAAGGAGGGAGAGACAAUGACGGCGCAAGGUUGAGUUUGUUGGAGGAGAUAGACUCAGCCCCCAGGCCUCUCGGCCCCCUCUGCCUCUCGGCCCCCUCUGUCUCUCGACCCCUUUGCCUUUAAAGACUCUUGAUUCAGCUCACUUCUCUCCUUCCUCCAGCCCCUCAAAAUCAAAUCUGGAACUCAGUCAGUUCCACUGCUUUUUCCCCUAAUUCCCCUCUAAUCAGGGACUGAUUUAGACCUGGGACACCAGGUGGAUGAUUUCCCUCUAAUCAGGGACUGAUUUAGACCUGGGACACUUGGUGUGUGCAAUUAAUUACAAGGUAGAACAGAACCAGUUGUUCGGACCUUUGUAGGGUCAGAGCUGAGUACCCUGGCUCUAUUCCUUGUCCUCUGAGUUUAAUCCACUUCUAAUUCUAUCAUCACCAAGUUGACUAUACCAACAGGGUGCAGAUAGCCUCACUCCUCCCAGUCCACUCAAACCUGUGUUAGUGUUAUCACUAGAUUUUUGUUUAUGUUUUGUUGCAAUGUUCCAAAGAUGCUUCUGCGUAAAUAAUCGGUCUGUUUUGUUUUGUAUGAUCCCUUACCAUUAAGAUGUUUCUUAAUAUGCCAUGUUGGCUGAUAGAGCUGGAGAGAUGAGCUCUGCCUUAGUAAGAGGUUAAUCAUGACCUCAAUCACAGCCUCUCCAGUCGGUUAUUCAGGCUAUCCAUCAAGGACUGUUGAAAACACACCUGGAAAUAGCCAAUACGUUUUGGGCAUCUUGUUCUGUACGGUUCUCUGCUUUAGCUAGGUGUCCAGUUUACCUUCUUAAUGUCCCUUCAGAUGGAUAUUAGACUAAUCCAAGUAUGAUGCAAGGGCCAAAGCAAUGGGUUUGUGUGCAGACAUUUUAAAAUCAAUGAAUGGAUUGGUUGGAUGAAUGUUGUGAGUUUGUAUGAUUUAAUGCUGACAGGAAUGGUGGAAUGACGGACAUAUCAGAUUGUCGUUUCUAGUUAUUUAUGCCAAUUACAUUUUAAUGUGCCUUAUUGUAAGAUAUCUGACGUUUAUUGUAUCUACCUUAUUGAUUAUUUGCUUUAGAUGCCAAAACUGUUAAGUAGCUGUGUGUGUGUGUGUGUGAGAGAGAUACUAGAGUUGAUUAAACUCCACGUUACAUC